AAGGCGGCAGCUCCAUUUCACUCUCGAUUGAGGUUCUUCAGCCCUUCCCCCAAUUCUCUGUAGUCCGAAAGGCAGAUAUGGCUUCCCUUUGCAGGUCCGCUGUAAUGGCGGGCUCAAGGUCUUUAGCUGCGCGUUCCAGAACAUUAGCUCAGAAGCCCAUCUUCUCGUCCUCUCCUUUCGCUUCUCCUUCCCCGACCCGAGUCGUCCGAAGCGCUUCAAGGGUUGUUUCAGCUAUCGGGAGCGUAGAUUCGUUGUUACCUUUUCAUAGUGCCACGGCCAAUGCGCGGCUUAUAUCCAGUAUUGCUGCUGAUUCCUCUUGCUGGAGCUUACUUUCUGAAGGCCUUGCAACACCUUUAUGACAUCUGUGCUGGAUAAGGAAUUGCCAAAAGGAGUUUGCAACACCAUUAUGACCACCUUGGAACUGAUCUCUUAGGAAGGACGAACACUUACUUCAGUUUUUGCUUCUUUUGUAAGUCUCGCGUGUUCACUGACCUUUUCUUUUCCAUCUGUACUUGGCUUUGCUACUCCAUCCGGGAUGAGAGCUUCCGUUCCUUUUGGAUGAUCAAACGAUUGUUAGUGUGAUUUAUGGAAUCUUGUAAUAAUGGUGUUUCCUUUUCAUUUGACUUGUUGAAUGAUGCUUCGACUAGCUAUGCAGUUCCUUAGCUAGAAGCCAUAGCCUCCCUUGGUACCUCUUAAGUGAACUCUUAGGUCCAAAUUCCGAUGAUGAGUUACUUUGUCAAGUUUAUGAGUAUAAUCGUCUGUUUUCCUCCCCUAAUUGUCUUGAUGGAGAUAAAUUCUGGAUGCUAAACCACGAAUUGUGUAAAUCUGCAGGUGCCGUGAUUUCUUUGUAAUUUGGG